UUUACCUUCAGUGUUGCUAACAGACUGUACGGAGAGAAGUCCUGCCCCUUUACUCAGGAAUUCUUAAUACAAAGCAAGAAACAUUACAGAGCAGAGCUGGAGUCUGUGGACUUCAAGACCAGGUCUGAAGAAGUCAGGAUUGAUGUCAACCACUGGGUGCAGCAACACACACCAGGUAACAUCACAGAGGUGGUGGAUGAAGAUGAUUUGAAUGAACUGACCAGGCUGGUGUUGUUCACUGCCACCCACUUCAAAGGCUUCUGGGACGAACAUUUCUCGUGGUCUAAAACUUAUGAUGCUCAAUUUUGGCUCAACAAGAAUGACUCAAAGCCUGUGAAGAUGAUGAAACAGGAAGAAAACUUUGCGUGUACCUUCAUCGAAGAAGCAAACUGCAAGAUUCUAGAGAUGCCUUACAGUGGGAAGGAAGUGAGCAUGCUCAUCUUUUUACCUGCAGAGAUAGAGGAUGAUACAACAGGACUGGAGAAGCUGGAGAAGGAGCUGACCUACGAGAAAUUUGUGGCUUGGACUCAUCCAGGCAAGAUGCAAACAUGUUAUAUUGAUGUGAGGCUGCCUCGAUUUACACUGGAGGAGACGUAUGACCUGAACACAGUCCUGAGCAGCAUGGGCAUGGUGGACGCCUUUGAUCACACAAAGUGUGACUUCUCUGGCAUGUCUGGGCGCAAAGAUCUGGUACUUUCAAAAGUCAUCCACAAGGCUUUUGUGGAGGUCCACGAGAAGGCAACUGAGGCUACUUUUGAAAAUUGGGUUUGUUGUGAGCUUCAGUCGGGCAAGAUAAGGCGGGCCAAUUUAAAAUCCUUCAUCGCAGACCACCCCUUCCUCUUCUUCAUCAGACAUAACCCCACCAUGAACAUCCUGUUUGCUGGUCGGUUCUGCUGCCCUGUGUGAGCUCUGUGUCCUUUAGAGCAGCUCAGUACCAGAAGUCUUUAGUGUUUAGUUGGAGAACCUUUCAAAAUCACUGCACAACAGCGCUGUAUUCAUAUUAAUAUACAGCUCUAUACUAUCAUUUUUUCUGUGUUUUGUAUCUCAUGUUUUGUAUUUUCCUACUUUCAAAACUUUAUCAUCUUUAAUGUUAUCUGUUCCGAUGUUUAUAUCAUACUCUUCAAAUGUCCCAUCUUCUGAUCAGAAAUUUAUGAAAGACUGUUUAGUGGCUGAAAUGAGACAAAGUGCAUGACGUAUAAUUUAUGUUUGAGUCUUUAUCUCUCCUUGACCUCACACUGGCCAGAUAGGGACAACCAACAAGCCACAUGUGGCCCAGUUGCUAAAAACAUCUUUUAAAAAAAAAAGAAGAAAAAAAAGAAAAGUAAAACAUGUCAUGUUUAUUCUUUCUGCUCUUACUGUCUUUCUUUAAUGACAGUGAAACAAAAUCACUAUGUUUAUUUAAACAUAAACGGGACGCAGAUUUAUAUAUAUGCUUUGGUUAAACAAGGGCUAAGUUUUUCCAAAUGUUGAUGGAGGGGAGCCUAUUGUUUUAUUCCACUCAUCUGGUGUCAGCCAAUUGCUGAAUCUCUAGCCAGCUCUUGUCCCUUCUUAGCGCCAGCGCCCAUGGUUUCAGUCUCUUGCUUUCUACAGCCAAGCAGAGCAGGCGGGCUUAAACGUUUUGAAUUGGUAAGCUGGAGAAAUGAACCUCUAGAGAGUGAAAUACCAUUUAAACUGAUAUUGUUCACAAAGUACGUUUUUGCUUUUGUUGUCGUAAAGGACAGAGUGAAAACAAAGGGUUUACUGAGAAAUGCCAGAAUCUC